GUCACAAAGCUUGGAGAGAGGUGCUGCGGGUUUGUGUGCUCGUUCGUUUUGUGAUGUAUCACCAGCCUGUGCUGAAGAACAGGCGUACGCUCUUAGAGAGAGCAGAGAAAUUUAUUUCUGAUGUUUACUUCACUGACUGCAACCUCAGAGGACGACUCUAUGGAGACUCGUGCCCAGUGGAAUCCCUCUCCUCCUUCCUUUCCCAUAAACGGAUCACAUUCACUGAAGCUUCUCAGCAGACGUUUGCACCCUAUGAAAUUGGUGAAACAUUUGGGCCGACGUGGUGGACUUGCUGGUUUAAACUGACACUGAAAAUCCCUGAAUCCUGGAGAGGAAAAGAGGUUCACCUGCUGUGGAACAGUGAUGGAGAAGCGAUGGUUUGGCGAGAUGAGCAGCCAGUACAGGGGCUGACCAAAGAAGGCGAAAAGACGAGUUACAUCCUGUCAGACUGUUUGAAAGAAGAAGAGCCACACAGUGUCACGCUGUAUGUAGAGCUGGCCUGUAAUGGGCUGUUUGGAGCUGGACAAGGGUCCAUGAUUGCAGCUCCAGACCCGAGCAGGAGGUUUUCCGUAAACAGAGCUGAGCUGGUCGUAUUUAACCGUGAUGUAAGGGAGAUGCUGACUGAUUUUGAGAUGCUGAUUGGCAUUGUAAAGCAACUAGGAGAAGAAGAGCAGCGUGGCUACCAGGCACUAUUCACUGUCAACGAGAUGGUGAAUCUCUGUGAUCCAUCUGAUCCCACGUCUUUUCCCAAAGCACACAGUUUGGCUCAUCAGUUCUUCAGCCAGCAGAACGGCCAGAGCCAGCACACCGUUCAUGCAAUGGGCCACUGCCACAUAGAUUCAGCCUGGCUGUGGCCCUAUGAGGAGACGAUUCGCAAAUGUGGCCGAAGUUGGGUGACUGUGAUACGAUUAAUGGAGAAGAACCCAGAGUUUGUGUUUACUUGCUCUCAGGUAAUUCUCAACUCUAUCUUCCAAUUCCAGGUGAACUGGGCAGAAUCCCACAAGUUUCUGAAGGUGGAAUUUCCAGUGCAAGUACACAGUCCCAGUGCUACAUAUGAGAUCCAGUUUGGUCAUCUGCACAGGCCCACACACAGGAAUACCUCUUGGGACUGGGCCAGAUUUGAGGUUUGGGGUCACAAAUGGGCUGAUUUGUCGGAGCACAAUUUUGGAGUUGCACUGCUCAAUGACUGCAAAUAUGGUUAUUCAGUUCAUAAGAACACCAUGACAUUAUCCCUACUGAGAGCAGCCAAGGCCCCGGAUGCCAACGCUGACAUGGGCACUCAUCAUUUCACGUAUGCAGUUAUGCCACAUACAGGAUCCUUCCAGGAUGCUUCUGUCAUUCAGUGUGCGUAUAACCUUAAUUUUCCACUGAGGCUAAUCCGGUGCUCGUCUGACGUCACACCGUGGAGUGCCUUUUCCGUGAGCGCAGCAGCCAUCAUCCUUGAAACCAUCAAACAGGCUGAGGACAGGAAGGGGGCACUUAUCAUCCGCCUUUAUGAGUCACACGGAAGCAGUGUGACCACAGCCCUGUGCACGACUCUUCCAGUGAAGGAAGCCUGGCACUGUGACCUUCUGGAGAGAGCGGACCCCACUCAACCAGCACACAUUGGACCAGAAGGAAUUAUUCUGAACUUCAAGCCCUUCCAAAUCGUGUCACUGCUCUUCAUUUUCUGAGGCAGGGUCACAUUUGGAAUGUUGUUUGGAGUAUAACUGAAGAUGUUUGUAUUGUGACUGUUGUCACAAUACAAUAAAACCAUACCUGAUUUUUAUUAAAUACUAUUGCUGGGGUUUAUUCACACUUGUGUGACUAGAUGGAGUACAUUCUUAUGAGUGAGCCAGUGCUAAGCGGUAUGAGCCCCCAUGAUCUAGUUUGCAGAGGGAUAUAAAUUUAAACUGCUCCCAAUUUUGUUGAUGCAAAUUAUUGGUUAAAAGGAAUAGUUUUGAUGGUCACCAUCCAUGACUUCUAUGACCUUAGAUUGUCUGCAUUUCACGGCACUUUAUUCAUUUGAUGCAAUUGGAUUCAGGCUUUACAAUAAUGUGUCACAUUCACACACCGAGAGCAACAUGGGUAUUGAUGACAGUGCUCAAGGGACCUUGGUGAUUUGACCUAAUUAGACACCCCAUUGGGUCACAAAAAAAAAAUCACGGUGUGAGCACAAUGCUUUCUUAUGGGGGGCUUUGCCCCCAGACCCCCCAACUAUGGCCCUCUUAACUCCCCACCAUUUUAAGCAUUUUCUUUAUUUGCGUCUCACAUGCCUGAAAAAAGUCCUCACCAUGUCAUUUCGGUCCUUCACACUUAAUUUCAAUAAAUGCUUCUAAGGAGCAUUAGCAUGCCUAAAAGCUUUCAGCCCCCCAGCUCCCCUUAACUACAGCCCCUAAACCCCCUUCCACUUUAACCAUUUUUCUUAGUGGAGAUGUAAAUUCAUAUUCAGCCCCCCCCAACUACAGCCCUCUUAACCCCCUUCCACUUUAACCAUUUUUCUUAAUGUAGAUGUAAAUGCAUAUUCAAAGACUAUGAUUUCAGUGCAGCAACAGUGAAAAUUAAACAUCCUUAAACAAAACAUUAAUAAUACCAGACUCAUUUUGCACUC